AUGGAGGCGGCCGAGGAUGAGAUGGAGACAGCGCUCAAGCGGACCGGGGAGGUGCAGAAAUCCCAAGUUGCUAGGAAGGACCUUGAGGUGCAGGAGCUCAGAAGAGUGGUUAGCUCAAAGGAGAAGAGCAUUGAUGGGCUCAGAGAAACUCUGGCUGCCACAAAGAGAAGCCUGGAAGCGCGGCUUCUUGCGAUGGAAACUACAGUGGCGGCAAGGGAUGCUGAGGUGCGACAGCUCCAAGAGGGACUGGUGACUGUGAAGGCUGAAAGAGAUCACCUGCAAUAUGAGCUUCAACAGGAGGUGCUUCGAACAAGUCGUGUUGACAAGGAGCACCAAGGAAGGGAAGAAGACAUGGCAGGAGCCCUCAAUGCUCUGCAGGAAAACAUGUCCCAAGCAGAAGCAAGCCUCAGACAGGAGAGAAAGGCAAAGGAAAAGCUGGCCAGAGAAGUGGAGGAAUUGAAGGUUCAAUGGCGAAUAACAAAGCAGAAGGUAAAGUGGCAUCAGUCAACUUUGCCACAACACACCAAAGAACUGCACUGGCCUUUCUGUAGACACUGCUGCUGUCAUUGCGCAGUAGCUAGAGUAUGUCAGUGA